AUGGAAAUAAGAAAUUUCACGUUUAUGUGGUUGGCUGCACUUCCAGUCAUUCACAUUCGGGAGUUUUAAAAUCCCAAUAUGGAUAAAAUUUUAAUAUUAUCUAUUAAAUUAUGAAACUUACUUAUUUACUAACACAAAUUCCGAUGCCAAUAAACAUUAAUGUAAACCUUUAAUUGAUAAUGAAUAAAAUGUAACCCUAAUGAGGUUAAUUGUGUACGUGAGAAAGUACAUACUCCGUACAAUCCAACAAAAGCAAUGUCGGAGACUGAUUUUGUAUAUGUACAUCCUAACAAAUCUAAUCGAUAUAAUAGCGGAGAAAAAUAUGAGUUCAAACGUACACAAACGCGAAAUUUAUCCCAAUGCAAUUCAAUAGAACCAUUGGAAAGAAAUAAUUUUCGAAAAAAUCGAGAAAAUGAAAGAAAAUAUCUGGAAAAAGUGAAAGUAGAAAGACAGUUAGCUGCUAUCAAUGCGAAAAAAAAACCUUGCGAUUCAGAAGAAGAAGAAGAAAGAAAUACUUUUCGAAAAAAUCUAGAAAAUGAGAGAAAAUAUUUGGAAAAACUGAAAGUAGAAAGACAGUUAGCUGCUAUCAAUGCGAAAAAAAAACCUUGCGAUUCAGAAGAAGNGGAAAGAAAUAAUUUUCGAAGAAAUCGAGAAAAUGAAAGAAAAUAUCUAGAAAAACUGAAAACAGAAAGACAGUUAGCUGCUAUCAAUGCGAAAAAAAAACCUUGCGAUUCAGAAGAAGAAGAAGAAAGAAAUACUUUUCGAAAAAAUCUAGAAAAUGAGAGAAAAUAUUUGGAAAAACUGAAAGUAGAAAGACAGUUAGCUGCUAUCAAUGCGAAAAAAAAACCUUGCGAUUCAGAAGAAGAAGAAGAAAGAAAUACAUUUCGAAAGAAUCUAGAAAAUGAGAGAAAAUAUCUAGAAAAACUGAAAGAAAAACAGUUGGCUAUCAAAAAAAAACCUUGCGACGAAAUUGAAGAAGAGGAUGAAAGAGUUAGUACUUCAUGGUUCUAUCAAUGUUGUAGGAGAAGGAAAUUACCUGUGAAAAAAACCCCUCGUAGAAGAAAGCCAACUUUCUGGCAACGCGUCAGAGGAAAAUUUAGAAAGAGAAGGGUAAAGAAAGCCACUUUCGAAGAUGAUGAUGAGAAAAUCAAACGGAAAAAGAAAAAAGAAAAACCCGAAUAUGAAAUUGACAAGCCAGAUAAAGUCGAAGAUGUACCUCCUGAAACUAAGGAAAUAGAUUUCACGAAAAGCUGUUGUUAUUUAUGCGCGAAAAAUACUAUGGCAAUCGCGGCAGCACUUUCCAAAGGUGAAAAAUUUCACAUAUCUAUACAAGCGUCGACAAAAGAAAUAGCAACUUCGGACAAAAGCUGCAGUCCAACUAUAUAUGUCAGAACUGUACAAUCAUCCGUUAAGGUAAGAACGCGCGAUAUAGGGACUUCGUUCCCUGAGAAGAAAAAAGAUAAGAAAAUAAAAAAAGUAAAGCCAAAAUUUAAAAUUCCGAAAAGGCUCCAGGCUAUGAUCCCAAAAUUAAGAUUUCCCAUGUAUCCAAAAGUACAAACGGUUGCUUGUGAAACAGAUAAAUCGAUGAUACCACAAUGUAGGGCAAGACAAGGAAUCAACUGCGUAACGGAAGCCAAAGUAGCAAAUAUGCAAGCAAAACUGAAAGCUGAUAAACUUAAUCAAAAUUGUACAAAUAAGAAUUUUGUAUAAAUUAUUUAACGCUAUAGUUUCUUUUAAUCGUUUUUGAUAUAUACAGUUCAGUACUUUGAUAUUCAGUUUAACAGAAUUUUAUGUGAAUAAUUUAUUGCAUCAGAGUUAUACGAAUGUAAUAUGUCCAUUCAAUAUAAAUGAAAUAAAUUUAUAUGACAGUUAA